AUGAGAGUUACGCCGAAUGCUUCGGCCAUCGGGAGCCUAAUGUACGCUAUGGUCUGCACCCGACCAGACAUAGCACAUGCAGUGGGAGUAGUCAGCCAGUUCAUGAGAAAUCCUGGAGUGAUACAAUGGGAGGCGGUAAAGUGGAUCCUUAGGUACCUGAGGGGUACUAAGGACCGGGCAUUGGUAUUUGGCAGGGGUACCCUUACCCUGUCUGGGUUUAACGAUGCUGAUUUUGCAGGAAGUGAUCAUGACAAGAGGAGGAGUAUUACUGGGUACGUGUUCACUUACGGCGGGACGGCCGUAUCUUGGAUCUCAAAGCUGCAAAAGAUAGUCACAUUGUGA